UCUGUUGCAGAUAUAAUUCUAAAACUACCCCAAAUAUUUGUCACUAUUGUGGUUUUUAACUUACCCCAAAAGAAGGAACCAUUUCAGAAACUACCAUAGGGGCAGUUGUCCUGGUGGUGAUCUGGAGUUUUUGUUGACAUGUGGGUAUCAUGUUUGUUCAUCGCCGUUCAGUUUAAUGUAUUUUGCACUUGCAUUGUGACCUUUUUAUGUAUACUUUGCCACACCUGUACAUACCUGAUUACAUUGUACUCACUCCUAAGGUGUGUUGGAUAACAUUGCACAUAUAUUUGUAAUUUUUAUGCCCAACCCAAUAUGCCCCAUUUUUCAAUUGAUACCAUCUCCUAUAUAUGUAUUUUUUUGUAUAACUGUUUAUCUAUAUAUGUAUUUGAUGUGCAUUUCUCUGAUGUUUGGAACUUUUAAAUGAUGUUUCAUAUUUUUCUGCUGCAGUCAGUUUAUAUGUAGGCUUAUAUUUAAUAUUGCUGCUAUAGAAGAUUAUAUUUGUCCAUCACUCUUUCACUGAGGGGUACAUGUGGAUGCUGAACCUUCCCAUACAACAGUAUUGUAGUACACUUUGUCUUGUUGGCUUAAAUUUGGCCACUAGAUGUCGCCAUACAGACUAAUUGGAUUUUCAGUUCCUGGCUGAGUCAUCUAUGUACUCACAGCUUGUCCCUUGCAGCAGGAGCUAAAAGACACAAAGUCAGGAAACGAAAGCUUACACUGUUGCUCUGGGAUACGCCCCCUGCUAGGGAGAGCAAUGCAGGAGACCUGAGCAGCACAUCAGGGGUGUUAUCUGGCCAGAACUAUAGUUAACACAGAUUAAAGUGAGAGGGACAUGUUCCUGAUUACAGUGUGAGUUGCAUCAUCUGUUCUUUUUUCCCUUGGUGUCAGGUACGCCUUAAAGAAUAUAAACACCCCAAAAGGUGUUUGAUCAUAUGAAGAGGCAAAGGGGUUACUUGAGAGCUGCUGCCCUUUUCUUUUAUCAGUUUGUGGGGUUCUCACCCAGACUCCCACUAAUUAAAAAGGUGUGAUAUGUCACAGUGAUAAGGCAGAAUUUUUUUUUUCAUUUUAGCUAGCCAUUGAAGAAUUUGUAAGUGUCAAAAUGAGUCUGCGAUGCUGGAGCUACAGUGAGAGCACUAAGGGAAGCGGGUGCUGUCACACUGGAGGCUACAUGGGAGCAAGGUAGGUUUAAAGAAGCAAUAAUGGACGGAGAGGCACUUGAGGAAGCCCUGAAUUCUGUAAUGUUUAAACAUAAAUGCAUGUUAUUUGAGAACAUUUUGACAUCACCUGAAAUCAUAGAUGCUGUAGAACACAUGGAAAUUAGGGAUGGUGAUGUGAUUCUUGUCACCUACCCAAAAUCAGGCACAGUUUGGACACAACAAAUUCUAAGCUUAAUUUUUAAUGAAGGCCAUCGAAACGGAACGGAAGAAAGUAAGACUGUGGAUAUAAUGCCAUGGAUUGAAUUGAAGAUUAAUAGCGAGGACUUUACAAGCCGUCCAUCUCCUCGUCUCUUUACAUCUCACCUGCCUUAUUAUCUAACGCCAAGGGAUCUGAAGUUCAGGACUGGAAAAAUUAUAUAUGUGUGUCGAAAUCCAAAAGAUGCCCUGGUGUCCUUUUACCACUUCUACAAAAUGAAGUCAAACAUAAAAUGUACAAUACAUUGGGAAACAUUUAUUGAGUUCUUUGUAUCUGGGAAAGUGGCAUGUGGCUCCUGGUUUGAUCAUGUUAGAGGCUGGUACACGCACAAAGAGGAUUUCAACAUACUGUUUGUGACAUAUGAGGAAAUGAAAAAGGACCUUCGAUCUGCUGUGAAGAAAAUCUGUACAUUUGUGGGCGUAAACCUCGAUGAGAAAGAAAUAGACACCGUGGUGGAAAAAGCAACUUUUAGGAACAUGAAACACGAUCCUCUUUCUAAUUAUACAUUUGUGCCUAAAGAGCAUUUAGACAAAAGUAAAGGAGAUUUUUUACGCAAAGGGAUUGUUGGUGACUGGAAAAACAUAAUGACUGUAGCACAAAGUGAAAAAUUUGAUAAAGUUUACAAAGAGAAGAUGGGAGAUCUACCUAUCAAGUUUUUGUGGGACCUAAAUGAAGAAAAUGCAUCUUAGAGUUCUGCUGUCUUCAUAACAACCAGGGAUGGACAAGAACCUCUGAAGAAAUGUGUCUAAGCCCCUUCCCUCCAAUGGCAACAUCGCUAUAUGUGGGAAAAAAGGAAAAACUGAAUCCAUAAUCUACAUUAUCAUGUUACUUACACACUUAAAGGAAAACUCUCAGCUUGCUCCACCCGCACUAACCAGCGGUACUGGCUGAUCACGGGGGACUUUGAUCAGUUUGAUGCUUACUGUGCCCGGAUCCGCCACAGUAAUGAAGUGCUAACUGGCACAGGCGGCGUUAACUGGCACUCUGAUGUCAACUGGCACUCUGAUGUCACCGCCGCUGGCUACAGCGCCACCCAGCUCAUCAAUAUUCCUCCCUCCGCCUCUCCCUCUUCAUUACAGAGUGGGGAGAAGAGGCACAGUAAGCAUCAAACUGAUCAGCGUCCCCCGCAUCAGCCCGUACUUCUGGUUAGUGCGGGGGGAACAAGCUGACAGUUUUCCUUUAACCCCCUUGAAGACGGAGCCAUUUUUCAUUUUUGCACUUUUGUUUUUUUCCUUUUUUCCUUCUAAAAAUCAUAACGCUUUCAAUUUUCCACCUACAGACCCAUAGGAAGGCUUGUUUUUUGUGCCACCAAUUUUACAUUGUAAUACUGUCAAUCUUUUCACCAUCAAAUCCACAGCGAAACAAGAAAAAAAAUAUUUGUGAGGCAAAAUUUUUUAAAAAAAAGCGCCAUUUUGUUACUUUUGGGGGAUUUCGAUUCAACGCAGUGGAUUGUUUGGUAAAAAUGACACCUUCUCUUUAUUCUGUAGGUCCAUACAAUUAAAAUGAUAUCAAACUUAUAUAGGUUUGAUUUUGUUUUACUUGUUUUAAAAUU